CACACCAUUUUCUCUUUCUUCUCCAUUCUUAUGCUUCAUCUUUUCCAAAACUCAAAUAGAUACAAAUGAUUAAUAUGAACAUGAAGAACAACGAAUCUCCUUGUUCCAAGUCACAGUCUCCACCAAACUCUGAUCCAUUGUGUGAUUCUUCAAAUCCAUCUCACAAGAGGAAAGCAGGUAGAAAGAAGUUUAGGGAGACACGGCACCCUGUGUAUAGGGGUGUACGCCAAAGAAACGGAAACAGAUGGGUGUGUGAAAUUAGGGAACCAGUGAAAAAGUCAAGGAUCUGGGUAGGCACAUACCCUUCUCCUGAAAUGGCUGCUAGGGCACACGACGUGGCUGUUUUAGCCCUUAAUGGCAUCUCUGCUAAGUUCAAUUUCCCCGAUUCAGUUUCCCUUCUUCCUCUUGCAAAGUCUUCUUCUGCUGCAGAUAUAAGGGAAGCAGCAAAAACUGCUACUGUUGAUGAUACUUUCACGCCAAACACAUCUUUUUCUUGUUCCUCUCAUGGAAAUUCUAGUUUUGAAGAAAAUGGGAAUGCAGAAGAGAGUUUUUUGAACACGAGCAUCCACAAUGAUGAGUCUGAAACCGUGUUCUUUGAUGAGGAGGCACUGUAUAAUAUGCCAGGUUUGUUGGAUAGUAUGGCCGAGGGAUUGCUAAUUACUCCACCCUCUAGAGCACUGGUCUGGGACCAUUCUGAUUCUGAAAUAGACCUUACUUUGUGGAAUAACUGAUAUCAAUACUACCUAUAUUUUUGGUUUCUCAUUCUCACAGAUAUUUUAAACACAGUGAGAAUCUAUGUGUGUGUGAGAGAGAGUUAAGAAAAAGAUCGUUGAAUGAUACUAAUUCCUUCUGCUAGAAUCUUUGGUUAAUUACUGCAUGUACUGUUGUACUGCUGCUGUAAUAUCUCCCAACGAUUUUUCAAACUCAUCAGAAAGACCUAUCCGUAUGUCGUGGU